AACCAGAAUUUUAUACUCCCGGCCACCGCGCCGCAUGUAUCACGUGAAAUUCAACAAUGUCGUUGUCGGUAGUUACUAAAUUAUCUACUGAUAAAGCAUAUUCGCAGAUUUGUGGUCAACAUUUGAGAUAAGUUUCAUUUUUGCGAACGGCUGUGUUCCUAUACGAGUGUUUCUGUGUGAAUUUUUUUUUGUCCACUAUGGAGUGUUUAAGUUUUUUAAAGUGCAUAAAUGUGAAGUGGAAACUGUCAAAACAAGAUGGUGUGAGAGAGGGGGGAGGUAUCUUACACUUUUUCCCUCAAAGGAGUCUUUUUGAAAGCAUCUGGGUCAGCAGCAGAGUUUUUCGAUGACAACAUCGUAGGAAAACCUAUAACGUCAUCGUAUCUAGGAAAAUUGGGAACAGAACCAUCAAAAUUUGACUCAAUUGUGAAUUUCACUGGGUAAUUUGACAUUAACGUGAAUAUUGUUUGGUUCGGAGAAUUAUUUCGCGUAAUAUUGUUGCCUUUGUGUGUUCUCGUGCUUAUGAGUAUGUUUUGCUCGUUUCAAAAAUUUCGAAUUUUGCUAUUGUCAAGUUGUGCUUCUAUAGUUUGAAAGUUUUUUGUUUGUGUGACUCGUGAAUUUGUCGUGCUGGAAAUCCAAAACUUACAUAGUUGUUAUUAAUUUCACAAUCAUCUUCUCAAUAUCUUACAAUGGAUUUGCCAUUUCGUGCGGAAUACGCCAAGAGUGGUCGUUCUUGUUGUAGAAGUUGCCAGACUCGUAUAGCUAAAGAUACAUUGAGAUUGGCUGUUAUGAGUCAGGCGGACACGUUUGACAGAAAAAUCCCGGGUUGGUAUCACGAUUCAUGUUUCUUCGAAACACAGCUUGUGAAAAGUGUUGGAGACAUAUCGAAUUUCGAAUCACUGAGAUGGAAACACCAACAAUUAAUCAGAAAUAAAGUGGCUGGAGCACCUUCUGGAUCAACUAGUGGAGUCAGUAAUGGAAUAUCUGCUGGGGGAAUUGAAGAUACGAUACUCGUAGAACAGAAUGAAAUGAUGUUUCGCUACCGCGAUCAUUUGAAAUCACUACAAAGGAAACAUUUGACUGCUUUACUGGAGUAUAACAAUCAAGAACCUAUUGCUCCGGUCACCGAAAGUAUUCAUGAUAGAUUAGCUGAUGCGAUGACGUUCGGAGCAUUAUUUCCUUGCGAAGAAUGCGGACACCGUCAAAUAGUGUUUCGUUCACCAGUUGGAUAUUUCUGUACAGGUUUUAAGAACGAAUGGGUCAAGUGUGAAGCAGUCACAGAUGACCCCAAACGAAAGCCUUUUCUAGUGCCACAUCACUUGAAAAAGACAUAUGAAUUUUUAGCGUCGUACAAAUAUAAACCUCAGAAACGAAUUCUUCAAUAUAAUAAACCCACGGACUCGAAUCCUCUCAGCUUUAGCGGUGGCAAGUACGAGUCAAAUCUUCCAUCCAGAGUAAAGCUUAAAAUUCAAAACGGUAUGGCCGUUGAUCCGAUCACUGAACUGGAGGAUGUUGCUCAUGUGUACCGUUUCCACAAAGACAUCUAUGCCGCUGUACUUUCUCUAGUUGACCUACAGUCCGGACGUAACUCUUACUAUAAACUUCAAGUAUUGGAAUCUAAUGAUAGAAAAAUGUAUUAUCUGUUUCGUGCUUGGGGACGUGUUGGUACUGAUAUCGGAGAACAUUUACUCGAAAUUAAGGCUGGUAGAGAAGACGCCAUCGCCGAUUUCGAGGCGUUAUUCGAAGAGAAAACCGCCAACAAAUGGAGAACCCGUGCUAAUUUCAAAAAAGUUGCGGAUAAGAUGAACUGGGUGGACGUUUCAUACGAAUACGAGUCCGCAGUACCUUCCACACUUCAGCAGCCAGUUCAUAAUCUAAUCUCUCUCAUAUUCAACGAAGAUACUAUGAAACACAUCAUGUUAGAGUUUGAGCUGGACACGGAGAAAAUGCCGUUGGGUAAACUCAGUAAAGAACAGAUAAUGAAAGCUUUCAAAGUGCUCAAUGAACUACAGAAAUAUAUCUCAACAUCUGGUGAUCGUAAAACAAUAUUGGCUUUGACUAACCAAUUUUAUACUCUGAUUCCGCACAGUUUCGGUGUUGAUAAUCCGCCGUUGCUCGAUGACCCGGAUACUUUAAAACAAAAAGAUGAAAUGUUGCGUGCGUUAAUGGAAAUGGAAAUUGCGUACUCUAUACUCAAAGAUGUAGAAUCUGAAAACAACGAUGCUCACCCCAUAGAUACUUAUUACUUAAAAUUAAAAACAGAUAUCAGUCCUCUGAACAAAACCGAUCCGGAAUUUCAAACGAUACAAUUGUAUGUUCAAAAUUCUCACGCCAAAAUGCAUAGAAAGUAUGUUCUCGAAAUCGUAGAAAUUUUUAAAGUCGAAAGAGAAGGAGAGCAUAAGCGAUACGAACCAUUCAAAAAGGUUCAUAAUAGAAAGCUAUUGUGGCACGGUUCCAGACUUCCCAACUUCGCCGGCAUCCUAUCUCAGGGUCUUCGUGUAGCACCUCCGGACGCACCAAUGAACGGUUACAUGUUCGGUAAAGGUAUCUACUUCGCUGAUAGGGUGUCGAAAUCGGCCAAUUAUUGUGAUUCCAAGAAUACAAACAAUACUGGUCUGGUAUUAUUAUGCCAGGUAGCACUCGGAAAUAUGUACAAACUUCGAACCAGAAAAUACUUAUCGAAGCCACCCGCGGGUAAGCACAGUGUCAUAGGAUUGGGUAAAAUAGAACCUGAUCCCAGUCAAUCCAUUUUUCGAGAAGAUGGCGUUGAAAUACCAUUGGGAAAAGGAAUUCGGAGUCGGACCCACACACGGAGAGAGUUGCACCACAACGAAUAUGUUGUUUAUGAUGUCGCUCAAGUCAAAGUGGAAUAUUUGGUACAGCUGAAGUUCAUUUACAAGUGAUUUUCUAAGGACUGAAGAAGUUAUAUGUAGUUAUUUCGUUCUAAUUCCAUUCUCUAUUGUUACUUAAUUUGAUCCUUCAUUAAUUACAAUAGUAUUAUAAAAGACAUUUACU